AACAAAAAUCCCAAAACCCUAAACCAGUACCCACUCCGUGUUACUUGGAACACAACUUCACUAACUGCUAGAGACAACAGCGAACUGACUGCGCUCACCGAGUGAACUCGCCUUCCAUGGAAGACUCUUCGAAAGAUCUGUCUGUAUUGACAGAUUUGAAGAAGGAAGGGGUCCUAGCUUCACAGCCGCCUCCGAACUCGAAUGGAACUACUCAACGAACACCGAAAGAGUUGGUGGCCCGAGCCAUUGCACCUAUAAAGCCAGAGUUUCUUCGACCUCCACCACCCUCUAGAACCACCCAAAACGAUGCCGCCUCCGACGCCAAUGCCAACGCCAAGCAACCCCAGGCUAAUUUAGUCAAGGAGAAGAAAUCGAAACGGCAAAUCAAACGAGAGCGUCGUCAGGAGCAAAAAUCUGCUUCGAAUCUAUGUCCAGAGAUAGCUAAGACGGGAGAUGUUAAUGCUUGUUCUUAUAAAGAUAAAUGUCGUUUCAGCCAUGACAUAGAAGCCUUUUUGGCUCAGAAACCAGCUGAUUUGGAGGGUGACUGCCCAUUUAUAAAAGCCGAUGCACCAUGCCCUUAUGGCUUAGCCUGUAGAUUUGUCGGCACCCAUAAGGAUGGUGCUUCUGCAGCUACUUCUAAUUUGUUGAAGAAAUGCUCUGAAGUCAAUGGACUAAGCAAAGAUGUUCAGAAGCUUUUGUGGAAGAACAAAAUGCGCUUUACUAAAGCAGAUGGUGUACUCAAAUCUCUUGGACUAAUGGGGCCCAACUGGAAAAAGAAGCAGCUAGUAGAUAAGGAGGAAGAUGAAGUUGGUUUAAGCGGUUCUCAUGCUGCUGAUGAACUUGAAUGCAAAAAAGUGGCUGAUGAUUCAAUGGACUGUUCUGAAUGUCCUUCGAAAUUGUCAGCAGCAGUAAAUGCAGAGGAUGCAUGUGCAACUGAUGAGUUUAGACCCUCAAAGAAGGCAAAAUGUGUGGCUGACGAAAAAUGCUCUGAUGAAGUGGAGGGUGAUGCAACUGUUUUGGAGAAGGAUAGUGAAAAAGAUUUUGCUGAAAUGACCGAUGAUGUAGUUGCAGAACCUGAUAGGAGCCUCAAGAUACACCCUCGUGAAAAGAUGCUCAUUGAUUUUAGAGAAAAGCUGUAUCUUGCUCCUCUAACAACUGUUGGGAAUCUUCCUUUUCGUAGGGUAUGCAAAACAUUAGGUGCAGAUGUGACAUGCGGUGAAAUGGCAAUGUGCACCAAUCUUUUGCAGGGUCAAGCUUCAGAAUGGGCUCUGCUGAGGCGACAUUCAUCUGAGGAUUUGUUUGGAGUUCAGAUAUGUGGGGCAUAUCCUGACACUAUAGCACGUACUGUUGAACUUAUAGAAAAGGAGUGUACAGUGGACUUCAUUGACAUUAACAUGGGGUGCCCAAUUGAUAUUGUUGUCGAUAAGGGGGCUGGAUCUUCUCUUCUAACAAGACCAGCACGUAUGAAAGGAAUAAUUCAAGCAGCUUCCAGCACUGCUGAUAGACCUAUAACUGUUAAGGUGAGAACAGGUUACUUUGAAGGUAAAAACCGCAUUGAUUCGUUGAUUGCAGAUAUUGGCAGUUGGGGUGCUACUGCAGUGACAAUACAUGGUCGAUCACGUCAGCAACGCUACAGUAAACUUGCUGAUUGGGAUUAUGUAUACCAGUGUGCUCGGAAGGCCCCUAGUGCACUGCAAGUUUUAGGGAAUGGGGAUGUUUUCUCAUAUUUAGAUUGGAACAAGCAUAUAUCUGACUGCCUUGAGCUCUCUUCAUGUAUGAUUGCUCGAGGGGCAUUGAUUAAGCCUUGGUUAUUUACUGAAAUCAAGGAACAGAGGCAUUGGGAUAUCAGUUCACAGGAGCGGUUGAAUAUUUUUAAGGACUAUGUACGUUUUGGCCUAGAGCAUUGGGGAUCUGACAAAAAGGGUGUGGAAACAACUAGGCAUUUCUUGUUGGAAUGGCUUAGCUACACAUGCAGGUAUAUACCUGUUGGUCUUUUAGAUGUCAUUCCCCAACGGCUGAAUUGGCGUCCUCCCUCAUACUAUGGGCGUGAUGACCUUGAGACCCUAAUGGCGUCCGAUUCUGCAGCUGACUGGAUCCAAAUAUCUGAAAUGCUGCUUGGCAAGGUUCCAGAUGGUUUCACAUUUGCACCAAAGCACAAAUCCAAUGCUUAUGAUCGUGCGGAAAAUGGCUAAUUAGUGUGCCAUUAAUUUAAUAUUACUGCACUUUUAUGAAUUUAAGCCUGCUGGUUUGAACGCAGAUUAUGUUUUUCAUUCCUGAAUUAAAUUUAAUUACAGAACUGAAUAAAGGUGAUUUUGCAAUUCUUAAAUUUUGUAGUGAAGUUGGUAGUUUAAGUAGCACAAACGAGCACCUCAUACUUGUUCCUGCUUCUUAGUUAGCUUCUAUUAU